AUGUCAGUCAUCCAGCCUGCUGUUCCACUGUGCCUUAUGUUUUUAACGACAGCUCUCCUACUAAGUUGCGGUUUUUCCGUGACUGAAGGUUUAAAACACUGUGAUCCGGGUCCAUGCGGCCCUGGACAGUAUUGGGAUGGCACUGAAUGUCUCAAUUGUCCAGAGGAUACUUUUAUGGACAACGACCAACACAGAUGUCAGAGCUGUGUGCCGUGCACACAACAAAAACCUGAUUUUGUGAAACUACAGGAAUGUACCUCCUCUGCAAACUCCAAAUAUAAAUGCCCACCUGGUUCAGUACAAUACAGUCAUAAUGAUUAUGAUGGCCCCGAGUGCAAGCCAUGCAGAGAGUGUCCAGCAGGGUACAGGACUGUCAGUGAGUGUAUGGGGGACAAGGAUACAGCCUGUCAGCUGCAGUCUCAGACUGAAGAAACGACUCACCAGUCAACGAAAACUUCGACUGAAAAAGAAAGCCAGUCAAAUCAUGAACCACACUGGACACACACAAGCACACAGCCCAAUAAUUAUGUGGCAUGGUCAACGAAUUCAACACAUUCCAACGGUACUCCAUCAAACAGCCCAACUUGUGACGGAAGUAUGGCAAUUGUUUCUAUGGUUGUGCCUACAAUAGUACUGGUAUGUUUAUUUAUUGCGUUAGUGGUCGGAUACUUUGUUUGGCGUGGGUGCAGGCAUAAGAAAACGAACAAGACAAAACAAGAUCAUCACCUUGAUCUCCUCGGCUUUGUUCCAGUGGAAACUGAUGCUUAA